AUGGGCCCAAGAAGACCCAGCUACGUCCACCUCCUCUUGCCAGCAAUGGAAGGGUUAAACACAAACAGCUGGGUCCUGAAAUCUCCCUUCAGCAUCACCAACCUCCUGCAAGAUGUGUCCUCCAGUGAGGCUCCCAAGGGAUCUCUCUCAUCGCCGUCCAGGGAAGAGGGGGAUACAGCGGCAGCCGUCGGAGAAAGCGAGAGGAAAGAGGCUCUUUCCAGGGAGAGGAGAGGGAAACACGAGAAGCCCCCCUUCAGUUACAAUGCCCUGAUUAUGAUGGCCAUCCGCCAGAGCCCAGAGAAGCGCCUCACGCUCAACGGCAUCUACGAGUUCAUCAUGGGAAACUUCCCUUACUACAAAGAGAACACACAAGGCUGGCAGAACUCCAUCCGCCACAACCUCAGCCUGAACAAGUGCUUUGUCAAGGUCCCCCGGCACUACGACGACCCCGGCAAGGGCAACUACUGGAUGCUGGACCCUUCCAGUGAGGACGUCUUCAUCGGAGGUGCCACCGGCAAGCUGAGGAGGAGGUCGCCGGCUUCCCGGGCCAAGCUGGCCUUCCGAAGAGGGGCUCGGCUGGCUUCCGCCGGGGUUACAGUCACUGGAUCGCUCUACUGGCCCUUGCCUUCUCUCUAUGGCGCCUCCUCUGCCUUCCUGGGCCAACACCCCAGCUCCUUCUCUUCUGUUUUCUCCCAUCAGGCAAUUACUCCUCCUCCAGGGACACCCAGACAGAUGGAAGGAGAUGGCCCUUAUGGCAACCAUCAACACAACAACGCCACCGUCCUGUUGGCUUCAACCUUACCUUGCAGCCUCUCCAUGCCUGACCGUCUGAACACCUGUUCUGUCAACUUCCUGGCAGGGCAGGCAAGCUACAUCUUCGCCCAGAGACACCACCACACCUUGCCGAUGAGCCCUCCGGUUGGCCUCCCUUCUAAAUGCACCGGAGAGCUCCCUGGUGGAGUUCCGACCACCUUCCCGGGACGGUUUUCUCCGGAGUUCUCAAGCUACCUUGGGUUUCCGAAUGCAGGUGUUCCAUUUAAUCCAACUCUGCCUUGA